CGCGUAACUCUACUGCGCCUGGAUAUACAAACACCAACACUGAUUGCUGGGACAAGUGAGGGGCUGGCUCCGCGACACUAGAAACAGUAAGGCCCCACCACCAUGGCCUCCACUCAACUAUCACCGUCGGAAAUAGUGCCUGCUCUUGAUAUACUGACAAUAGAGAAGACAAAGGAGCUAUUUUUUCAUCUCAAUGUCCAACUCAAAACUCUUGAUGACAUUGACACAAACCACACGGGAAACAUGCGCAAAAUCCGCUACGUCCAGGCCUGGUUUGACCAGGAGGCGGGGGCCAGUUGGGAGAUGAUUUUAGCUGGCCUCAAAAAAAUAGGUAUGACAGCACUGGCUGACACUUUGGCAACUCAGCAAUGUUCAGGAGAAACUCCAACCCCAGCUCCCGUCAUUAUGGCCCCUGGCCCCGACCUCCCCUCCUCUCCAGUGACGACAGCCCCAGAGGCAGGUGGUCCUCAAACCAGUGGAUCAUCUCCCAGUGAGCCCACCCUCGGUCCCCUGGCACGUCCCUCCUCCCCCACUGACCGGGUGUCACAGGUGAGAGCCGAGAUUGACCGACUCAGUGACACCUUCUCAGACCUCAUGUCCGACACGGGAGAUGAAAUGUGCACGAGAGAAAGUGUAGAUCCACGGUUUCUUGACAAGUUCCGUGAUCGUCUUUUAGAUCUUCCUGUCGCC